AUGGAAGCCCUCAAUACGUACUACAGCAAGGAAGAGUACGUGGAAACUGCAUCCGGGAACAAGGUUAGUCGCCAGACGGUACUGUGCGGCUCACAAAACAUCGUACUACAUGGCAAGGUAAUCGUGCAGAGUGGAGCCAUCAUUCGUGGAGAUUUGGCUGCCGUACGCACUGGGAGAUACUGUGUCAUUUCGAAGGGAUCCGUUGUUCGACCACCGUACAAACAGUUUAGCAAGGGAGUGGCAUUUUUCCCACUUCAAAUCGGUGAUCAUGUGUUUAUUGGUGAGGGUGCCGUUGUGUCUGCGGCAUCGAUCGGAUCGUACGUUUACAUUGGCAAGAACGCUGUGAUAGGUCGUCGAUGCAUACUGAAGGACAACUGUAUUGUCGAGGAUGGAGCAAUAGUUCCUCCGGAAACGACAAUUGCCAGCUACAUGCGCUACACCGCCGACGGAAGGAUUGAGGGUGGCCAAGGUAAUCCCGAUUUCGUUCCUCACGCCAUGCUAGACUUGAUGAUUGAAUUCACCAAAUCGUACUACGAUCAUUUCGUGCCGGCACCCAACUGA